UGACCACUAGUGUGAAUAGGAAUCAAUAAAAGAAAAUACUUUGUUUCUUCAAACAUUUAAUAGUCGGUGAAAAUAAGAUUUGGUCUAUUUUUCAUGGAUAAAAAAUAACAAGCACAAGAACACAAAUCACUUUAUUGGAAACGUCUCUCGAGGAUGAAAGGUAGAAAGUAAAAAUCAAAUGGCCAGUAGUAUAUAGGGAAGGGUACAGAAAAAUAUUUGAGAAACGUGAUUUAAAGGUUUCCUUUCCAUUAUUGCGACUGUGUAGUCCAUCUUUUGAUGAACAUAUUGUUAAAUUUUCAGUUCAACUGGAAAGGCCCAUGCAUUUUCAUAGCCAUAUGGAUCUGAAUGUGCCGCCGGCGCCGGCCAGAAAGAGACGAGGCCAUCACUCUCAACUCUCAACACAGCUUGUGAAUAUCGAAUCAAAGCAGCAUUGUAAUUCCCAUUAUACACACACACACACACACACAAACCUCUGCAAUCCAUAUUCCGAUCAGAUUGGUUGAAAAUGGCGGAUUGGGGGCCGGUGCUCAUCGCGGUAGUACUGUUCGUGGUUCUGAGCCCGGGAGUGCUGUUUCAACUCCCCGGAAAGGGCCGAGUGGUCGAGUUCGUGAACCUGAAGACGAGCGCCAUCUCCGUCUUCGUCCACACUCUCAUCUUCUUCGGCCUCAUCACUAUUUUUCUCAUUGCUAUCGGUGUUCACAUCACCACUGGUUGACAAGAGUAGAAACCUUAAUGACUGAGCUAAGC